CUGAUGCUCCUUUAAGGUUUGUGUUUCAUGACCACAGGACAGGACUGCAAAAUCUGAACCCCCAGCUAGUGCUGUUCCUGGCCUGCUGUGGGGGGUGUCUGCUUUUCUUUGAAGUUUCACACUUGUGGUUGUUGUGACACGAAGGCAGGUCUGAGACUGCAUUCUGACAUUUCGCUGCUGGGCGAGUGGUUUUCUAGCCACAUGCUGACCCACACACCUGCUGGGCUCAGGCCUGUGGACAUCAGAGCAGCAGCAGCAGCAGAACACCAGAGCAGCAGCCCCUGAGCAGGAGCAGGACUCAGCCCUGACCUGGAGGAGACGGACUUUCAGGACUCGACUGAUUCACACCUGUCUCUGGCAAAUCAGAGUCACCUAGUCACGCUGGGACCUGAACAGAUCUGGAAAAAAAAAACGAGAUGUACCUCGACCUUAUAAGUAACACAGCGACAUGUACUUCGCUUCAAGAUGUUCACAUUGAAAAAUGACAUUGCUAUUCUUCUGCACAAAAAACAUCAGAAAUCAGAAACCCUUAAGGUGGCCAAUACUCAAGCUAGACAGUAACCUCAGCGUAGUUCUUCUGAAACUUUGUCUCAAAAAGGAACUGUAUGCAAACACAAACUAUCUUAAAAGAACUGGAUGAAAUUUGUAAUUGAAUGUGAAUUCAAGUUUUGUCAUUGUGGUGUGAUUCCAUCACACUCAUUAUAUAACUCUACCGUGUCCCCAGAGCACGUCUACACUGUACUGAAGUCAUUUACAUCUGACCUACUGGAUAAUUACUGUUUCAGUGUGGAAGAACAGCUUAAAGCUGAGCAACGCCGAGCUGGAGAGGAUUAAAAAUGAGCUGGAGAGAUGUAAGAGCAAAGUGAAAGAGAAUCAGCAGCUGAAGAACCAGGGCCAAGUGGAGGAGUUCAUGAUUGAACAGGAAAUGAAGCGACAGCAGAGCGCUCACCUGGAGGAGAGGAAGAAAGAGAUCGACCCUGUUUUCUGUGUGGAGCCCUAUACUGGGGAAAGAAAGCAGCAGUGCUGUCCAGAGGGAUGGAAGGGGGGAGACAGUGGAAGAUGUUACUACGUCUCUACUGACCGGAGACCCUGGGAGUCUGCGAGUCAGUUCUGCUCAUCAGUGGGCGCUCAGCUGGUGGUGACUGAAGACAAGAGGGAACUGGAGAUGCUGAGGGAUCUGGUACAGGAGCAUUAUUACUGGAUGGGCCUGAGCAGGAGGGAUAGCAGUGCUGUGUGGACCUGGAGUGGUGGGAGGGAGCUGAACAAUGAAAUGGUGACACUGAAGGAGGGUAGCUGGGAUGGGGACUGUGCCUAUGGGCACUGGAGCCAAGCCCGGAUCACUCUUUAUUCCCGAAAGUGUGAAGGCCAUUUGCACUGGAUCUGCGAGCAGCGCUGUGUGAGCAUGCCGGUGUGCCUGUCCUCAGGUAACAAGAGGGAAUGAGACCCUGUGCCAGAGAAACUGAGUGAGAGGAGAAGACAUAGGUUGAAUACAGCUGUACACACCUCUGCUUCACAAACUCAUCAGCUCUCCAGGCCAGCUUGUUUAAACCCUUUGCCAACACCAGAAUCUCUUCGACUGGGCUGUUUUAAUGAUUUUCUUUAACGUGUCCCGAGCCCCUGGAAUGGAAUUAAAACACAGCCCUAAGGACACAGUGUGAGUGAGGUGUCACACAAUCCACAACAAGGAAAAUGAUCUCUCUCCCACCAUCGAGCAGGCACUUACCGGUGCAUGAUGGCAGGUAGAUCGCUGGAGAUUUUCAGGUUUCUGCUGUUGGCUGCACUGGGAAGUGGGCAGUACUGAACCACACUUCCGGUCUUUACACAGUACUUGGAGACAUGUCAGAAACCACAAGGCGCUCUGUGUUGGGCAAGGAGCCCCAGUUUACAUCGAGCAAGUGGUGCUGACAGUGGUGCUCUUGCAGCUCCUUUCUAGAGCAGACCUACUGUAGCUGAUCAAAGUGCUCAAAGCCUCUUAUAAACCAGCUGCGAGUUGUGGGGGCUCAGUGACCCCUCCAGUCCCUCGGCAGUGGUGCUGUCCUUCAGUGAGGAGCAGAGGCUCUCUCUAUCAUCCUGGCUCAUGCAAAUAACCCAAACUGGCUUCAGGGCAUCGGAAAUCCGGACUUUUGGCCACACGGAAGACCAUCUCUGGGGUGAAUUACUGAUCUCCAAUUUAAAACAAGUCAGCAAUAAUUUACAGGCUGAAAACCUGGAAGUAAAAACACCGCAAGGAAAGAACCCAGCAAAUUAUCUUGGAUGAUUAGAGUACAGGGUGCUGAUUUCAUGCAGUUAGUGUCUUAAAGGGAUCUACUGUACAACCUGACCUCCACACCCUGAAAUGUCCUUAAACCUCCAAUAUGUAGAAGUCAC